CUGCAAGCAGAGCAUGGACUGAGCGCUGGAGUCACCCCAAAGAGCACGCGAAGGUCCCGAGAAACAGCGGCUGCCAUGCCAGUCCUUAAGAACCCCUACAAGCCCAAGAUGGCCAACGGAGACGCUGGUGGCAACGGCGGGACGCUGAUUCUGGAAAACGCGAGCCCGGGCGCCAACCCCUUCGAAGAAGACCUCGAAGAGAAUGAGCGAGACUCGUUCCUGGGAAGCGCCUCCCCCGACAGCAGCAGAAACCCUUCCCCGGAGGCUGGGAGAGGGGGUUUUGAGCGGGGCCUUUUCAACGGUAGCCCCGACGGGCAUUACAGGCGCCGGGCGACCCUGGAGAGGCUGGUGGGGCUAUCCCCGUUCCGCCUGGGCAAGAAGGGCGGCGACAAGAAGUCCCCCAGCGGCGAGAAGGGCUCCGACAGGAAGUCCUUCCUGGGGAGGAUGAUGAUGCCCUUGACGGACGGCAAUGGGGGCCAGAGGAAGAAGCGCCGCUGCUCGGAGGACUUCAGCCUGCUGCAGCGCUUCAACGGGCGCCGCAAGGAGAGCCUCUACAGCCUGGACUGCGGCCUGGCUGAGAAGGAGAACGGCGGGGCGGACACCGUGAAGCGCAUGCCCUUCCUCAAGAUUGGGCUGGCGGGGAAGGUGCGCAGGGCAUCGCUGGUGGAGAAGCUCAACCAGGUGGAGGCCGUGGUGCCCGUGGUGGAGGAAGCGGAGGCCAAGCCCAAGGAGCCGCUCUCAGUUCUGGAGAUCCUGAGCCUGAUUCACAAACGGGAUCUGCUGAUCGCCGACGAACACAUCAUUGAACUGGAGGCGGAGUGCGAGCAGGACGGGCAGCAGAGCCCCGAGAGCAGCGAGCUCCGCAAGGACGGCAGCCGCAUGGCCAAGGACGUGGCCUUGCUCUACGAGGCCCUGCAGAAGGAGCUCUGGGCCGUCCUCACCGAGUCCCUGGCGGCCAAGAGCACCUCCCUGCCCCUGGAGCUCAUGGUCCGCGUGAUCGAGCAGGAGGAGGACACGGACCGCAAGUGGCUGCAGGCCAAGGGGGGCGCGGAGGCGGCGGGGUCCGGCCCCCGACCCCGGGCCAUGAAGAAGCAGUGGGCGGAGGCGGUGAGCAGGUUGGUCAACCAGCGGUUGUGCCAGUGCGUGGAGGGCAGAGCCAGCCCCAUUGCCACCCAGAUGGACCGCCUGGCCAAGUGCGCCGUGGAGGACUUGUGCGCUGUGAAGUUCCACUUGCUCCACGCCUACCCAAAGAAGUACGAGGCCUUCAGCGUCUACCUGUGCAGCUACCACCAGGGCCUGGCCCAGCGUUUGGCCGAGGUGGUCCAGAAGAGCUUGACCAUCUCCGAGCUAUACUUUGUCUUGGACUGGAACAGCAACAUCUACCAAAGAGAGGUUCUGGGCCGGGCAGAAAUCUCUUCACUGGUCAAGGCCCGGGAGCUCGGCCCUCUGCUUUCCCUCGAGACCCAGUUAACUCUGGAAGAGGACUGCAUCGCGGCGGUGAAGGCAAAGAUCACCGCCGACAUGCAGCAAGAGCUGCGGAAGGAAGAGGAGCGGUGGGCCGAGGAAGGCGGCGAGGGCGAUGACUUCCAGUUCGGCCUGUCCAGCAAAGUCAUCAUGGUGUUGAAGGCUCAUGCAGACAAAGCGCCCCAGAUCACAGAAGACUUUGGCAGGAGGAUGGCCCACUGUUGCCUGACCAGCCUGGCCGAAGUCCUGCAAAGUUUCCAGAGGAAGGUGGAACAGUUCCAUGAGGGGCAAAUUGAGAGCAGCCUCACCACUGACAGCUACAUGGGCCGAACCAUCAUGCUGGUCAACUGCUGCCCUGCCUUCAGGGACUACGCUGAGCGCUUGGCCAGGUUCGGUCACCCUGAGAGCGAGGCAGCGAGGCGCCAGGCAAACGCCUCCCUGGACCGAGUGACGCGGCGCUGCAACAGAGUCCUGGCUGACCACCUCUUCCAAAACCUCAAGCCCUACUUCCACAAACUGAUGAAAAGGAAGUGGCUCAGCAACUCAGAGGCCUUCUCUACCAUCAUGGCUCUCCUCACGGAGCAUGCCCAGAAGAUGAGCAAGAUGAAGCUGGAGCCGUACCAGAUGCUGGUGAGGGACGUGCACCGCCGGGUGCUGAUCGAAUACAUCCGGCCCCUGAUGCGAGUGAGGAUCAUCUGCACCUCCUCCAAGAUGAGAGCCAAAGUGGCCCAGCGGCUCAGGAGCGAGGCGAAGCAGCUGCAGGAGUUCUUCGUCCAGCUGGAAUCCACCUCAUCCUGGCUGGACUCGGCUGUGCCCCACCUGGCAAGGAUGAUUGAGCUGGAGGACACGCCUGCCAUCCAGAUGGAAGUGGGGUUCCUCGUGAGAGAGUUUCCUGACGUGCAGAAGAACCACGUGUCGGCCAUCCUGGACAUCCGGGGCCUGCAGAACCAAGGCCAGCGGCAGGACAUCCUGGCUGUCCUGGAGGGCUUGGAGCUGAUGGAGGCGGAGGCGGCUCUGUGCCAGGACCGGGCCUUCUUCAGCGAGAUCCCCACCAGCGAAGUGUUUUGCGUCCGGGUCCAACUGCACCGCGUCUCGCACUUGGGGCUCUCUUGCCUCUCCCGGCUGGACCGGCGACCCCAGCGGCAGCGGCCUGCAGUGAGCGAGGCAGAAUCGCAGGUGUGAGAACCUUUGCGCUGCCACAAUCCAGGCGUCCUCUCUCAGCCUUGAGGCUCCUGGGCAGGUGGCUGGAGCCUCCCGCAGGGCCCCUUUCUAAAGCACCAUCGGCUGUGAGGGCCCCGCUCCGAGCGAGGGACGUGAGGGGCCUCCACCGCCAGCACACGCGCGCGCACCACAGCCUGCUGUAUCUUUGCUUUCAUGUUUCCACUCCCCCGGCCCCACUCCACAAAUGGAGUCACUUGCCCUGAUUUCUGGAGUGGCCAGAGACUUUUUAAAGGCGCCGUGGCCACGUUUAAACGACACCGUGUAGCAAUGGCCAAAGAAAAGCGCUGCUCUCCUUGAAACAGGGAUGUGUUGAAAAAGGCAGGGGGGCUGCCGCUGGCUGGGGCAAGCCCCUCCCCACGUGGGCACCGGGUGUGGAGGGAAGGUGCUCCCUGCGCUUUUGGCCUGCACCAGUUAAGAAAGACCCAGCCAAGCCUGUGCUUGCGGAACAGAAAAAAUGGAGCCCCCAAUAUCUGACGAAAGAGAGCACUGCCAUUUAUUUAAGUUACGCGCCUACGGUGUUAACUUGCCUAUUCUGAGGCUGGUUCUCCCCUGCACCUUGCUGCUAUUCUGUUCCCCCAUGGGGGGUGGUGGAUGGGGGUGGCAAGGCAAGGCAAGGGCAGGCUUAGUCCGUAGGGGAAAGGGUUAUACCUGUUCUGCACAAAAAAGGAAAAUAAAUGCAUAUUAAUUUAACCAUCCCACUCCUUGUCUCUCUUGGGGCUUUGAACCACCUCCAACGUCUUCAAAUGAGGUCUCGUCUGUCCUGGGCUGGGGAACUGCUGGUGGCGGUGGUGGAGUUCGUACAUUCGAGUGGUCAUUUGCAGCAGAACCCAACAGCUGUAGUUUGUAGAAGGAGGUCAAGGAGAUGUUCAGCUGCGUUCGAGUUGCCAAGCUA